CCAUCAUGAUUUUGACUUGUGCAUGGGCGAGCGCCGCGAUGCUGUCAUUCAUCCACCCACCCAUCCACCCGGCGCUCGCUGUCAUUCAUCCAUCCACCCAUCCAUCCACCCAUCCAUCACCUCGCCUUGUCCCGUCAGCACGCCCCUCUCGACGCCCCUCGCAACGCACGACCCGACCGCAAUGUCUGCCUCUCGAGAGGACCAAUUGACCUACUUGUUCGGUCACGCUACCAGCGAAUCGGAGCGUCUAAACUUUCAGCAGGAGCUCUUCAACGCCCUAUUCCCCGGACGCGAAUAUGUCCACUCGGCCGAGUACGAUGUCAGUCGAGCUCAUCGUGUGCUCGACACGGCCACGGGCACAGGCGUGUGGCUAGAGAGAUUGGCCAGAGACGGUCAAGGUGGCAAGCGACUGCCAGCAAACGUGCAGCUGGAAGGAAGCGACAUUGUGCUGGACAAGGUGACGGCCAAGGGUACGCCCAUCGAUUUCAGCGUGCACGAUGUGCUUCAGCCGUUUCCACAAGAGCAGCACGGCAAGUACGACUUGGUCCAGAUGCGCUACGUCCUCAUGGCGAUGAACUCGGAGCAGUACGCCACUGCUAUUCGAAAUCUCUAUGCGCUCUUGAAACCCGGUGGCACGCUUCAAGUCGUCGAGCUGGACCCGCGACCAGCCGCACCGCGCAACGAGACGGAGCACUUUAUCAAGGACAUGUUCGACGGGCUGUGGUCGCGUGCCAACAAGGAUCCUCCUGGCAUUUGUAGGGACAUGCAAGCGCAUCUCCGCACCGCAGGCUUUUCGAGCGUCCACGUGCAAACCUCGUCUUGGCCGUGGGGUCGCGUUGCGCAAGAGAUGGGCUUGAGCAAAGAAGUCAUGCUCAAAUCCGUCGCAAACACCACCUUUGCAUUCAAGGCUCUCAAGGGACCGAUUCUCUUUUUUGCAGACAAGGCGCCCGUCGCCGGCGUAACAAGCGAGGCCAUCUUUGAUCAAAGAGCCGAGGACAUUGAGCGAUUCUACCUCGAGAUUGGAUUUUCUAGCGACUUGUACAUUGGCAUCGCUGUCAGGUAGGCGGGGCGGGUAGCGAGGAGUGGCGAGUCGCUCGUGUGUGCGUGCGUGCAGCAAGGAGUGGCGAGUCGCUCGUGUGUGCGUGCGUGCGUGCGUGCAGCGAGGAGUGGCGAGUCGCUCGUGUGCGUGCGUGCAUCGCUCGGUCGUGUUCAGAAACCACAUUAGAGCUCACACCGUCAUCUCAAUGGAAC